UCACCCUUGCCAAAUAAACCACAGCGGGACGCGAGAGACGCAUUUGCUGAGGUAAAUUUACCUCAGACGUCUUUAAACCUAACGGCCCCUCGAUGCGCUUAACCGGAGAUACCGCCGUUCACACGCCUCCUUUCUCACACUAAAUAACUCCAUAUUCUGCCAUAACCUGGUGCUGCUACUGAGAGACACACACACACACGCACACGGAGACCUGCACCUUGUGGAUCAUUGAACUUUCUCGCUAGGUCUUUGGAUAUAUAGCUGCUACACCAUAGUCAGUGACUGCAUUUUACACACCAAGUGUGUCGUUUACUGGUCCUUUUUUGGGAUAUACGCUAGUCAACUGGUUUUAGUCCAGUAAAGCCGCGACUAUAUCCAAGUUCCCGAGACGGUAACGGCGAAAAGAGGCGGUUAAAGCAUCAUGAGCCAGGCGGAGAUAUCGACGUGCUCGGCGCCGCAGAGAGUCUUCCAGGAGGCGGUGAAGAAAGGCAACACGAAGGAGCUCCAUUCGCUUCUGCAGAACAUGACCAACUGCGAGUUUAACGUCAACUCAUUCGGCCCCGAGGGACAGACGGCUCUGCAUCAGUCGGUUAUCGACGGGAAUUUGGAGCUCGUCAAACUGCUGGUGAAAUUCGGUGCCGAUAUUCGGCUGGCGAACCGAGAGGGAUGGAGCGCGUUGCACAUCGCCGCGUUUGGAGGACACCAAGACAUCGUGUUAUACCUCAUCACCAAGGCCAAGUACUCCUCCGGCGCGCGGUGAUCCGGUAGAAACACGCGGAAAGACCGGGCUCGUUUGAAACUAGCAUUGAUCUGCCAAGCUUUGACACGACAGACAGCGGCGAAGUUCCCUUGUACCUUAAACCAAAAUGAGGGCUGUAGCCUUUUUCUUUCCCGUGAGUAACGUAUAUGGUCAGAUCUGGCGACGAGAAACUGUUUGGGGAUGUGCGUUGGUACUAUAGCUUUUUAUUGAAUGUGUAAGUCAUCAGAUCUGGACUGUGUGGCUUUACCCAGGGCUUGACCUCUUGACCUGUCCACCUGGAGAAAUCGAGAUGGCACUUGAUGCUGUGGCUGAAUGCUGGAAUAGUUGAACUCCAGAAUGAAGGCCAUCCUCUGGCUAAACACUGUCUUUGAUACAAACCGUAAGUCGUUUCAUCAAUCAGAUCGUGUGGCAUUGGUGACCAGUGCUGAAUUGUGUCCCCGGAAAUAACAAUUGACUUGUUCUUAAGUACUGUACACAUAGCUUUACUGUGUUUCUCUGUACAAGUAGUGUAUUGUGCUCUGCCUUCACCUAGCAGACGGCUUCCACACAGCUUUCAGGCGAGUGCGACCCACGUCUAUGGUUAACGUGUUACUAAAAACCGCUGCUUUUGCUUUUUUUUUUUUUUUUUUUUUUUUUUUUUAAUCAAAACGUCAGGAAAAGUCGCCUUUGGGACACACUUUAUAAUCUUCUUUUCAGUAUUUUUGAAUUAACACCCUGGUCAUCACUGUGAAUACAGGCUGGGUUUGUCUUUUUAUUUAUGAAGGUACAUUGAGAUGAUGCAUUUAAAUUAUGUUGUGGUUAUUUUUAAGACUAUAGCCUAAGUGUAAAAGUAUGUAGGGUGACCUAAAGCUGCUUCGGACUCGUUACAGGGCUAAACUGUCCCGUGUGGAGAUUCCGCUCCACGGCCCCCCUACACGUACAACUUUUUUUCUUUUUUCUUUUUUUCCCCCCCGGGAAAUGCGUCCCCUUCUACUUUUAUUCUGGUUCUCUGCAUCAGCUACCUCGACUUGAAAGUAUUCGACAAUAUCAUAUUAUGCUCUCUUUCUCAAGCCUUCUUCUUAACCCUUCUCAGUUGUUACCCACUAGUGCUCAACAGAAUCAGCAUGCCCUGUUUGGGUAAUUGUACUUGAUGGUUUCUUAUUGCCAUUCUCGUUGGGUUUUUUUUUUU